UGAAAGCUCUGCGUGUUGACGCGACAUCCGGUUAGCAGCAGCUGUUAGCCGUUAGCUCAGAAACAUCAUGACGGCGGCGGAGAGCGAUGUCCAGUCAGAGAUCGAGGUGCUUCAGUCCAUCUACCUGGACGAGCUGCUGGUCGGCCGCAGGGAGGACGGAUGCUGGGAGGUGAGUCUGGUUCUGUAUCCGUCCACAGCCGAGGAUUCUGUCUCCCAGUUCGUCCGACUCACUCUGACUUUGACCCUCGAUCAGCAGUAUCCUUCCUCUUCUCCAUCCAUCUCCAUCCACAACCCCCGCGGACUCUCUGAUGACAAACUCAGCAGUGUCAAAAAGUGUCUUCAGCUGGAGGCUCAGUCGUGUCUCGGUUCACCGGUGCUCUAUCAGCUCAUCGAGAAAGCGAAAGAAAUCCUAACUGAAAGCAAUAUUCCUCAUGGAAACUGUGUCAUUUGCCUCUAUGACUUUAAGGAGGGCGAGACGUUCAUUAAGACCAGCUGCUACCACUACUUCCACUCCCACUGUCUCGGCCGCUACGUCAGCCACUCGGAGACGGAGCUCCGGCAGCGGGAGAAGGAGCUGGAGGAGGACAAGACCAGAGAUCGAGCCGACUAUCAGGAGCUGACCGUCGUCUGUCCGGUGUGCAGAGAGACGCUGAUCUACGACGUCCACCAGCUUCUGUCGGCUCCUGCUCCUCAGCUGCCCGAGCUCGACCAGGCCGCCAUCGGUUCAGACUUUCAGCAGAAGUGGUGUGAACUCCAGAAGCUCCUGGAGAAACAGAGAUGUAAAGGUGGAAUCAUCGACCCCGAGGUGGAAUCAAACCGAUUUCUCAUCCAUAUCAACGAGACUUCUCCUGUGGCUGAAGAUGGAAACCUGGAUUCAGACGUUCCUCCUGGUUCUCCUACAGCCUCUAACGUGUCCUCUGAUGAACCUGGACUCAGAUCGGACCAGGUUGGUUCUGGACUGUCCCACUGCAGAGGCGUUCAGGUCCCGAGGCGUCAGAACCAGGCCAGGGGGCCCAGAAGAGGAGGCAGAACCAGACCCCAUCAGGGCCGAGCCGCCCCCAUCACAGAACACCUGGACAAACUGACUCUGUCCUCAGACUGCACCGAAGGACCAAUCAGAGCUCAGGGUGAACACGUCCAGCAGGUGCAGGCAGAACCAGAACAGCCCAACAGGAGGGAAGUCCAAACGGAGCUGCAGGGUUCUCCAGACUCUCAGUCCGGUUUAGACAGCGAAAGCCUGAAAUACGCUGCAGACUCCGGAGGCGGCCGCGGCCACCGUGGGAGGAGGAGGGGCCCUCAGAGAUCCGGUCCUGGACCUGCUCGGUACCACUGGGACGGCCGGGCCUCCAGAGGCCGAGGAGGAGGCCCUCGGCGAGGCCACGGCAGGGAGCAGAGGGUGGUGGAGAGGAGCAGGGAGGAGGUGCUAUGACAAAGAGCACCAGGAGGGCCAAUGAACAAACGUAUGUGUGCCUCCAUCCUCAGUGUGCAGAGAUCACAGCCCUGGAAGGACGACCGCCGUAGAGCCCCUCAUCCAUCAUCCUGCUCUCUGAUAUGCACUUUCACACACACUAACAACACACACAGCUGGUUGUUGCUUCUCGUUGUGAUGCUAUUUGACUUGAAAGAACUACAAAUUAAAUUUUCUGUGUCACACUGUG